AUGGGCAACUAUGAUCUGACGACCUCUAGACCAGUAUGUCCAACGCCUCCUCUCCCACUCAUCCAAUUCUGGAAUGGCCCCCUACCAGAGGACUACCCUUGCCUGCAGACCCCGGUGGAGGAUGAGCUGCAAUGCUUGAAUCUGAGCUUGACCAUUCCCAAAUCCGUACUGGAAAGCCGUACCGAGAGCCUUCCUGUCUUCAUAUUCAUUCACGGCGGGGCCUUCGUCGGUGGUAGUCAAGCCCUUCAAAACGCUGGGCGAGAGAUGUUUGACUUGCACGACGUGGUACAGCGCAGCAUGCAGACAGGCAAGCCCAUCAUCGGUGUGACCAUCAACUACAGGGUCGGGCCGUUGGGAUUCCUUGCGUCCAAAGAACUCGCCGUCUUCAACAAGUCUCAUGGCGAGGCUGUCGGUAACUACGGCCUGCACGACCAGGCGCGAGCAAUCGAAUGGGUAUCCCGUUUCGUCGGCGGCUUUGGGGGUGACCCGGCUCGAAUUACCAUCCAGGGAACGAGCGCGGGCUCAGCGUCCUGCCACUACCUUUCCUUCUUUCCCAAUCGUCUGUUCUCUCGGGUGAUCUUAGCGAGUGGGGUUCUACCGAGCAUUGGACCACUUGACCUGGAGGCGCACCAGCAGCUGUACGAUCGGUUGGUCGCGGCAGUGGACGCCGACUCCCCGAGACCCUCGCUGGAUAUACUGCAACAAUGCCCGCCCACCGAUCUUACAAACAGUCUGAAUUUCGACGUCCUUCAUCCCCUCAUCGACGGAGAGUAUAUCCUGGACAAGUCCAUCAAGGGUGCCUCGCGGGGAGAUGAGGUCCUGCCCACCCUUUUCGGGGCCGCCGCCUACGAAGACGAUCUCGCCGCUGUUCUAUUGCAUGACAUGAAAACCAUGCAACCGAAAUCUGACACGGAAAUUCUUUCCAGAAUCCAGGAAGUCCUCUCGCCCAAUGGUAUACUGCGUGCACCGGAAUCAUUUCCCUUCGAUCAGCCAGCUGUGCUGGAUGCGUACGGAGUCACAACCACCGUAAAUUCGCCUUCCCUCGACAUCCCCGGUUGGUCCAAACUACUAGGACAUUGUAUAUUCAACGUUCCCAACCUCCAUUCCGCUCUUGUUACAUCGCAAGAAUUGCCAGGAGGCCAAGGGCGAGUCUGGCUCUACCACCAUGCGGUGGGAAAUCUCUACCCCGGGUGCCAUGUCGCGGGCGCCGCACAUCAUGGUGUCACUGACCCCGUCCUUUUCAACGUGGCCCCAGACUUGAUUGACGAAAGAUCCAGAGAGUCCUGGAUAGCGAGCGUGCAUCAAACGCAGGACACGUGGAUUACAUUCAUCAAUGGGGAUUCUCCCUGGGAUCCCCUUCGACCGGGUGCGUCUGUCCGGGAUGGUGAAGCGGCUGGUCCGGUUUUUGUGUUUAAAAACGAGGGACGAGGGGGUCAGUAUAAGGACCUGCGUGACGGGCUUGGAGCAGUGACAGCGAGGAGUACGCCUUACUGCCAUCACUCUCGAGAUCGACAAUAUCAAACUGCUCCUCCCAAUGCGACACAGACACUCCCAUUCCACACCUACACCUCCUACAAUCCACCAUCCCACAGUCCCAUGUCUCUCUUCCCCAGCCUUGAAGCCGACAGCGAUGACGUCGUGCUGCGCUCGUUUGCGACCACCUUUGCAGCCGAGUUGGCGCAUCUGAAGCAUGCCAGUCCCACCGUCGAAUCGGGCACACCCUCCUCGCAGGAGCCGUCGUGGACGCCCUCGCGCGUCGUCUUCGGCGAAGACUUCACCGAAGUCAACCGCACGCUCGUGAGCAUGCUCGCCGUGAAAUGGCUGCUCGCCGACCAGUACGACGUCUUCACCAGCGGCCAGUCCGCCAGCAACAAGCUCACCCGGGCCUCGUUCGCCCGUCUGCGCCAGUUCCUGCUGGACAGAAACCCGUCGCCCGAGGACAUCUCCGCGCUCCUCGUCGCCCUCGCCAUCGACGACAUCGGCAAGGACCCGACCCUCGCCCAAGACCUGGCGCCAAACCUGCCCACCCCGCCACAAGACCACUCCGGCCUCGUCCUGGCCGCCGCGCAAGCAGGCCUCGUCCCCGCACUGAACACCCUACCCCCAUCCAACCAAGCCGCCGUCCUCCACAACCUGGAGCUCGGCUCGCGCCUCAACAUCGCCCAGCUCGUCCAGGCCGAGACCGCCCCGGCCAGCCUGACCAUCCUCCGCGACGACCCCAACCAGCCAGACGGCUUCAGCAUCCGCGCCGUCGUCACCCUCCUCGACGUCGCCGGCGCCGCCGCCCACCGCGACCCCCGCGGCUGCGUCGUCAUGACCGAGCCCGUCUUCCAGCCCUACAUGGAAACCCUGACCAUCCUCGACGCCUUCCGCAAGGGCCACAUCCCCACUCCGCGCGCCUGCUACGACCGCAUCCUUUCCUACCGCGCCGACGUCCUGCACGCCGCCGGCUACGCGCGCCUCUCGCCUGCCUCCGCCCAGGACCGCGCCUUGCUCCGCCUGUUCUGUAUGGGGCGCGUCGCGGACAAGGAGCACGCGCGCUUGUUCCACGAGGCGCUGCAGGCGCUGGAUGCCGCGUCGCGCGAGGAUCUGGUCAAUGGGUUGAACGUCGAUGGCGUCGACGACGGCGUCGCAGUGCUGCCCUACUAUGCGCCCGGUAUCCUCGCCGAGUCGCUCCGCAAUGUGCCCGACCAGUCGGAUGCGUCCAGAGUCAGGGUCCUGAUGGCGUUUAUGCGGUUUCUUGCAAGGGUUUUUGGCGGGUCGAAGCCCACCCCUGGUGCGCCGGGUGGGUUGGUGGAGCGGGACUUGUCCUUUGCGCAGGAUAUGGUCCAUGGCGAUGCGUUUCGCGAGGAUCCGGAAAUUUUGGCUCGAAUUGAGAUGGAUCAAAAGGAGGAAAACUGA